AUGGCUGCGCCCGCGCGAGAGCCACCUCUCGGCUGCCGCUGGUGGCUUGCUUAUGUCUUCUUGCUGCUGGUGUUAGUGUGCGGGACGAUGGGGAGCGAAGAGGCCGGGGACGGGGCAGGCGCGGCAUCCGUCGCGGGUUCGUGCGGCUGCGGAACGCCCCAGCGGCCCGUGGCCCAUGGCAGCUCGGCGGCCGCGCAGCGCUACUCCCGGGAGGCAAACGUCCCGGGCCUGAGUUCGGGCCCACGACCCCUCGCGCUCACCAAGAUGGUCCCCAUCCCUGCUGGAGUAUUUACGAUGGGCACCGAUGAUCCUCAGAUCAAGCAGGAUGGAGAAGCCCCUGCCAGGAGAGUCACUGUUGAUGCCUUUUACAUGGAUGCCUAUGAAGUCAGCAAUGCUGACUUUGAGAAAUUUGUGAACUCAACUGGCUAUUUGACAGAGGCUGAGAAGUUUGGAGACUCCUUCGUCUUUGAAGGCAUGUUGAGUGAGCAAGUGAAGGCCCACAUCGACCAGGCAGUUGCAGCUGCUCCAUGGUGGUUACCUGUCAAGGGUGCUAACUGGAGACACCCGGAGGGCCCGGACUCCACCAUUCUGCACAGGCCAAAUCAUCCGGUUCUCCACGUCUCCUGGAAUGAUGCUGUUGCCUACUGCAUGUGGGCAGGGAAGAGGUUGCCCACGGAGGCAGAGUGGGAGUACAGCUGCAGGGGAGGCCUGCAGAACAGGCUUUUCCCCUGGGGCAACAAGCUGCAACCCAAAGGCCAGCAUUAUGCCAACAUUUGGCAAGGCGAGUUUCCUGUGACCAACACUGGGGAGGAUGGCUUCCAAGGAACUGCACCCGUUGAUGCCUUUCCUCCCAAUGCCUAUGGCCUGUACAACAUUGUGGGGAACGCAUGGGAGUGGACCUCAGACUGGUGGACGGUUCACCAUUCUGCUGAGGAAACGCUCAACCCAAAAGGCCCCUCUUCUGGAAAAGACCGUGUGAAGAAAGGUGGAUCCUACAUGUGCCAUAAGUCCUAUUGCUAUAGGUACCGCUGUGCAGCUCGAAGCCAGAACACACCGGAGAGCUCUGCAUCCAACCUGGGAUUCCGUUGUGCAGCAGACCACCUGCCCACUGCAGACUGACAGCCACAAGGAGCCUUUCCAGAUCAAAGAAGUUGUUUCUCACCUGCAGCUGGCUUCCCCCUGAACUCGGAACUGAUCUUGUGUUAAGUAUCUCACCGGAAGAGAGUUAUGUGUCUGCCCAGUGGCCAAAGGAACUGUCUCGUGUGACCAAAUUCCUGACACGUGUCAGUGCUUGUGCUUUAGCGUGUGGUGCAUCUUUGGGGAUCGUCGCCAUCUUUUACUUUGAGAGCCUUUUGAAGAGGAAAGAGAGAGCCGAGAACCAUGGAGUCCU